GGAGAAGAUGGAAGGGGAGCAGCGGGCGGCGGGGCCGGGCUUCUUCGCGGACGGCGGCCACCUGGUGCUGUGGACGCUGUGCUCGGUGCUGCUGCCCGUGGUGCUCACGCUGUGGUGCAGCCUGCAGCGCUCGCGCCGCCAGCUGCAGCGCGGGGACAUCUUCCGCCGGAGCCAGCACGGCUGGCGCGACACGGACCUCUUCGGGCAGCCCAGCUACUGCUGCGUGUGCGCGCAGCACAUCCUGCGGGGCGCCUUCUGCGACUGCUGCGGCCUGCGCGUGGACGAGGGCUGCCUCAAGCAGGCCGAACAGCGCUUCCCCUGCAAGGAGAUCAUGCUCAAGCACGAUCGAGCAGCGGCCGCAGCAGCAGCAGCAGCAGCGGCCCCGGAGCCCAUGGCCCACCACUGGAUCCGGGGCAACGUGCCCCUGUGCAGCUCCUGCCUGGUGUGCAAGCAGCAGUGCGGCAGUCAGCCCAAGCUCUGCGAUUACAGGUGCAUUUGGUGUCAGAAAACAGUUCAUGAUGAGUGCAUGAAAAAUAGCUUGAAAAAUGAGGAGUGUGAUUUUGGAGAAUUUAAAAACCUCAUCAUCCCACCAAGUUAUUUAACAGCUAUUAAUCAGAUGGGUAAAGACAAAAAAACAGAUUAUGCACUGCUAUCAUCUAAACUUGGAAAAGAAUGGACACCAUUAAUAAUCCUGGCCAACUCUCGUAGUGGAACCAAUAUGGGAGAAGGACUGUUGGGAGAAUUUAAGAUCCUCCUGAAUCCAGUUCAGGUUUUUGAUGUAACUAAGACUCCCCCUUCAAAAGCCCUGCAACUUUGUACUCUCCUUCCCUAUUACUCCACUCGAGUCCUUGUGUGCGGAGGGGAUGGUACAGUGGGCUGGGUCCUGGAUGCAGUUGAUGAAAUGAAGAUUAAGGGACAAGAAAAAUACAUUCCACAAGUUGCUGUCUUGCCUCUGGGGACAGGCAAUGAUCUGUCCAAUACUUUGGGUUGGGGUACAGGUUAUGCUGGAGAAAUCCCAGUCGCACAAGUCUUAAGAAAUGUAGUGGAAGCAGAUGGAAUUAAACUUGAUAGAUGGAAAGUUCAAAUAACAAAUAAAGGUUACUAUAAUUUAAGAAAACCCAAGGAAUUUACAAUGAACAACUAUUUUUCUAUUGGACCUGAUGCUCUCAUGGCUCUCAAUUUUCAUGCUCAUCGUGAGAAGGCACCGACUCUGUUUUCUAGCAGAAUUCUUAAUAAGGCUGUUUACUUAUUCUAUGGAACCAAAGAUUGUUUAGUACAAGCAUGUAAAGAUUUGAAUAAAAAAAUUGAGCUAGAGCUGGAUGGUGAGCGCGUGGACCUGCCCAGUCUGGAAGGCAUUAUAGUUCUGAACAUCGGCUACUGGGGCGGAGGCUGCAGGCUGUGGGAAGGAAUGGGAGAUGAGACUUACCCUCUCGCCAGGCAUGAUGAUGGUUUACUAGAAGUGGUUGGAGUCUAUGGGUCUUUCCACUGUGCUCAGAUUCAAGUGAAACUGGCCAAUCCUUUCCGAAUAGGACAAGCACACACAGUUCGGCUGAUACUGAAGUGCUCAAUGAUGCCCAUGCAGGUGGAUGGCGAGCCAUGGGCCCAGGGUCCCUGCACUGUCACCAUAACACACAAGACACAUGCACUGAUGUUGUAUUUCUCUGGAGAACAGACAGAUGAUGAUGACAUCUCUAGUACUUCAGAUCAAGAAGACUUAAAGGAAACUGAGUAAAUGGACAAGGAGUUAUAAACAUUGAUAGAGAGUCCCCUUGGACAAGUCAUAAUGCCUCCUUCACCCCACAUUAGUAGCAGUUCUCUAUCAGCUAUGUAGACUUAAAUUCACCCCUAGUGUAAAGGGUAUAGAUGUUAAUGUAAGUAGCAUUUAAAAACAGCCAAACUUCCA